AUGGUCAACAACAUUGAAAAUGAAGUGACCGACGAGGAGAAAAUCAACUUUUUGCGAAGCUGUUCCGAUCAUAAACUGUUCAACUUUUUGUUAAACGAUCUGGAAGCAUCUAAAGAGGAACCGAGUGGAAUUAUGGCAAAAAAUCAAAUCGCCGUUCGAUGGACACGCGGACAUCCAUGGGAAAUUGUGAUGAACACGGAGCUGUUCGCGAAGAAAUGGGGUCGAACCACGUUUCAUUCACUUUCACGUACACUCAAUCAACUCUCAUCAAUGCGUAUUGGUUCACAUUGUCUCUUGAAGCGACAAUCGAUUGGUGUUUAUCGUUUCUUUGGCGGUCAUAAUGAGAACAGUUUACCGAUUGUUCCCACCGAAGAGUUGAAUUCUCCAACAAGUCGAAAAAGAGCUGCCGCCCCUGAGGAUAUGCAAAAUGAAAUAACUCCAAAAAGGAUGGCUAUCUCGAGUGUGGGCAACUAUAAAGGAGUGGCUUCAAUCAACCAUCAUCACAUGCAUUCACAACAUUUCUUCCCGCAACAAAAUGCGAAUCCUUUUUCUUCAUUUACUCCCGGAGAUUUCUUGCAAACGUUACCAAUGGCUCCUAAUCCACAGCCCUCAUCGGUAUUCCUAAGCCCACAAACACCCGGCAUGAGAAUGGGGAUGGCUGAUCAAAGCUUCACUCAUUUCUCUCAUUUUGUCCCAUCGUCAUCAUUCCCUUCACUCAUCCCGACUCUUCCCAUCGAUUCAACAAAAGAG